CUACCAAAAGAUGAUAAUCAAAAAGAGAAUGUUGUUGACUAUAAAAAUAUAUUUAAAUCAAUGGACAAUAAAUUUAAAUGGAAACUCGAAUCUUCAGGACGUUAUGUGGAGAAUGUCUUAUAUUCUUAUGCUAUCAAAAAUGAUGAUUCUCCCGAACUACUACUACAUUCAUUCAUAAUUGAUCUUGAAGAUUCCAUAAUAAAGAAAAUAUUCACCAAUCCUGAAUUAGAGGAAAUGGAAAAUACAAAUAUUAAGACAGAUCCUGUUGUUGAUAAGGUUUUUGUAGAUGAAUUGAAUCGUUUUUCUGAUAUCACUACCAUUCAAGGAUUUUGUGUUGCAUUAAACAAAUUACCAACAAAAUGUUUGGAGACAUCAAAUAAAGAUGAUCAUUUCUCAUUAGAUACUCUUCAUUAUAUUAUCAAUACUUUAACAAUUGAAGAUUUAACAAAAGGAGUAGAUGUGUGGACAGCAACCUUGGAGAAUUAUAUUGAUACUGUCAUUGAAGAAAAUAAUGAAACUUUUAAAAAUAAAUCCAAAUUAAAGCAUCAGAUGUUGUGA